CAAAAGGUGAAUGCUUGGAACAGCCCAUGAUCCGAAGGGCUUGGAGGAGCAAGGGUCCGAAAAGGGGACCAUCAAAGCCCAUUGGUCAGUUUCUGGAUCACACUCUUUGCUUCGAUCCCCUCAUGUAGACUGUGCACGCCUCUCCUUGGCCGCCCAACACGUGGGGCAUGGCGCGGCGCUACUUUGCAUCACCCUGGGUGGAGGCGCAGCGCGCGCGGCUGCAGCGCCUCGUGGACUGUGCGGCAAGCUCCGCAAGCUCGGAGCCUCCGCGGGCACUGGACGUGGGCUGCGGCCGCGGGCGACACAGCUUGAUGCUGCUGGAGAUGGGAUUCCAGGUCACGGCAGUGGACCUGGAUGGCGAGGCCUUGGACACACUUCGACAGCGAGAACGCGGCGCCGUGGAGAAGGGGACGCUGAAGAUUCGUUCGAUGGAUCUGGAGGCGGAGGACGUUGGGGCGCUCGGCCACUUCGACGUGCUGCUGGUGGUGAACUACGCCUCCCGGUCCUUGCUCCCGAAGUUGCUGCAGCUGCUAAAGCCCAAAGGGUUGCUGAUCUUCGAGUCCUGGGCUCAGGGGAACGAACACUUCGCCACGCCCAAGGAUGCCGAGGCCCAGCGGCGUCUCCUGAGGGCCAAUGAGCUUUUGGAGGCCACGAGUGACUGCUUCACCGUGUUAGCCUAUUCCCAUGGCCUCCAGGAGGACUAUGAAGGCCGAGAUUGCGUGAAGCAGAUGAUCUGCGCGGAAAAGAGGCCCUGCCCAGGCCGGGCCUCGCCUGUUUCGGAAGCAUCGCGGUGGUGCCUGGGGCGCUUGUUGGAGGUGACUGAUGCAUCCUUCCUGCAGGACUCGGCCUUCGGCCGGGACUGGGUCUGGCAUCGCCCCCAAAGUCUGGGCGUGGCCUUUGGCAUUGAGGACUUGCUGCAGCUUUUGGACGGCUAUGACCCUGAAGCUGCUCAGAAGGAGUACUUGGCAGCGCUCACGUCGGCCUCACCGCGCGGAGCAAGACCCGCCCUCUGGGACGUCUCCAUGGUGCGCCGCCGCGAGAGCACCACGGAGACCUUGAAGCCCCAGGAGGUCCGCGACUUCCUUCGCGCCGCCCAGCUGAAGACCAGCGCCGAUGUGUUGCAACGCGGCGAAGGCUGGACCUUGGUGGUCUCACAGCUGCAGGGAGCUCCUGCCCUUUGCGACCUGCAUCAGAGGCUCUUCGCCGCCACAGGACUUUCUUCCGGCAUCAACGCCUACUUGACCCCUCCUGAUGCCAUCGGAAAGCCGCCCCAUGUGGAUGACCAUGAUGUGCUCGUCUUGCAGCUGGCGGGCUCGAAGACCUGGACCCUCUUGGACGACGCCCGGCAGACGAUCCGCGAGCAGGUGCCAUUGACCAAGGGAGACGUCAUGUACCUGCCACAAGGUAUCCCGCACCAUGCUGCUGCCAUGGCAAGCCAUGAAGCCUCAUUGCACCUGGCGGUGGCCUUGCAUCGCCGGCCCAUGUCCUACAGCAGCGUGCUGGGAGCAUUGGUCACGCUGAGGUUGAUGGACCCUGGAGAUGGCGACCUGCUCCCAGCCGCUUUGGUGGAAGAGAUGGAGGGCCGCAGUCAGAGCUUUGCAGCCUUCGGCGCGCGAGAGCAUUGGAUCAAUCAACUGCUGCCCAUGCAUUUGGCUCUCGUUCGAGCUCUGUCGCCGGAGGACCUCGACGUAGGCCUUCGCCGCGAGUUCUGCGCCGUGCUGCGGCAGCGCAGCAGGGACCUGGCGGAGCUCCUCCGGAGCCCAGGCGCGGACCUGGGCAUGCCCGUGGGCGCGCGGCGGCAGCGAGCCUUGCUGCGGGCCUCUGUGCGAGGUAGCGAGCGGGACUUGGAGGAGGCCGCACAGCUUCCCGAGGAGGACUUUGAAGCCCUGGCGUGUGCCGCCUUUUGGGUCCGUCGCGAGUACGUCAUGGACCCCCGGGGAUGGUGUGGACCCGUGCAUCGUCGAGGUCGGGCGCGAGGUCGAAGACGGGCGUCCAGCCGGUCUUGACGGCGUGUUUUGGGGGGAAUGUGAAGCUCGGAAUGUGAAGCUGUGCUUUUGCACUGUAGCCUUUGGGCAACCUGCUAGCACCGUCAUGAUCAACGAUGGCAUGUAGUCUGACUAGGAUCACUGUAGGCACCAGACUCCUAAGUACUUUGUUGCUUUCAGGCGAGGGAUUUUCUUCCUCCUUUCCAAGGUGUAGAUAAAGUAUAUUCCAUUGUCCCAUUUCGUUCCCAAUCUUGCUGCGUGUUGUGCCACAUGGCCGCCUCAUGAACCAGUACACUCCCCGAAAAAAUCAUGGGGCUAUGGCACUAUGCCAUCCACACAUCCGUGAUUCUUUCAAGGAGUGUGCACAUGGCCUCCUCAUGAAUUCAUAAUAUGGGACACCUGCACAUGUCACAGCCCAGCCAUCCCACCCCCGGCCUGGCCCAAACAGGAGCAACACUUUCGUCAGAGCGGCCCCUCCGGCCCGCUGGGCGGCCCCAGAUCAAGUAUCGAGUGGAUCGGGCGAGAUCAAAGGAUCAAAACACGGUGCAGUGCCUUGCUAAGCCGCCAGCACUUGCGCUUGAACGGUCGCCACUGGCGGGUGAAGGGUGCAGACUCGACUGGUCGACCUAGUGAAGCGUACCCGGCGGGUGAUCCAAAACGCGCGGGGGCAACGCGUGCUUCGGGACGCCGGGACAGUGGGGCAAAGCGUGCUGUCGGGUCCAAUGGUCGGUGGAGAAGGAGAAGGAGAAGGAGGUUCUUGUCGUUUGGAAUGAGAAGAAGAAGAAGAAGAGGAGGAGGAGGAGGAGGAAACACCUAGUCAGUGUGCUGCAUGCCCCGCUGUUUGGUCCAUGUUUGUGGUUGUUUCUUUAAAUCUCAGCUUGC